GCAGGUGCAUGCAUUGCAUACAUCAUGUUAAUUCCAUAAACACGUAGCAUCGCUCAGCUAUGUGCACUGGACCAUGGUAAAUGACAUCUCAUGACUUAAUUAUUCUUCAUGGACCGCAUUCACAAGAUAGGUCCCAGGGGUUUCACACCUGAAAGAGACAUCAACCAUGUUGAUGGUUGCCUGGAAUGGCUCAAAGUGGGGAGGGUUCAGGUGAGCCUGUUGAACAGGGAGCACUUGUUUGAAGCAAUGAUGAUCGAAGACACCAGCAUGGAAAAGCUCCUUACUGAGGUGGAGUCGGGGAGAAUUCUCGAUGAAGUGGAAGGGCCCAAAGGAGUCACUGCGGAAGAAGUGUUUCUGCACAACAAACUGCAGGAUGCUUGGAUCAUUCUCAAUGGCGAGGCCCUCGACGUGACUAGAUGGAUUCCCCUUCACCCUGGCGGUCAGGAAGCCAUAGCUAGGCUUUUGGGCAAGGACGCUUCACUGGAGUGGAACAUGAUCCAUACCCCAGGAACACUGGAGCGCAACCGACGCUUUCUCUCAACAGUGGGCCAAAUUUGCUGCGAAGAUGCCAACAGCAGCAAUGCAGGAGUUGCAAAAGGCACCAUUGGGCUGAUUUUCGGGCUGGGCUGCUGCAAACGUCGCAGGGGUUAAAUCUUCCUUCGCACCCCGUUGCACGUUUCAAAGAAUGUGGCAGCUUAUCUUCGCUGUUUUCAUGGACGAGCCAGACUUGCAAAGCGUGCCCCAGUUUUCUUCAGCGGAUGUCCGAUGGACUGACUCUCCUCUCGUGUACAGCAGGUCAACGCAGUGGACAGAUGAAGCGACUGCAAUCAGAGACACAUGUGUUUCAGGGUUGUACCAGCCAAGUGAAAGCCAAACUUCACGCUGACAUUGCCAAGCACACUUCAAGCCAUGUCGUGGAACUUGCAAAGCCCCAAAGCCAGAGGUUGAGCUCAUAGAGCAGUCGAAGUAGUGGUCUACUACUUUGAUCUACUUUGGCCCCUCUUGAGUCCCAUUCAAGCUUGUUCUUUGCCUGAGUCUUGACUGGCGCAGAUCUGG